GUGAUGAAUGCAGCGGGGCUAGAGGUCAGAGUUGAAUGUUUGACAGAAAGCUGAACAUGGAUUCCAUAUUUCAUGAGAAACAAGAGGGCUCUCUUUGCGCCCAGCACUGUCUCAACAACCUCCUCCAGGGUGAGUAUUUCACUCCUGUGGAUCUGUCCUCCAUUGCUCAUCAACUUGAUGAAGAGGAGAGGAUGAGGAUGGCUGAAGGAGGGAUGGCCAGUGAAGAGUAUAGGACCUUCUUACAGCAACCGUCUGGGAACAUGGAUGACAGCGGGUUCUUUUCAAUACAAGUAAUUAGCAAUGCUCUGCGAGUGUGGGGUUUGGAGCUAAUCCUCUUCAACAGCCGGGAGUACCAGAGCCUGAUGAUUAAUCCAAUAAAUGAGAAAGCCUUCAUUUGCAACUACAAGGAGCACUGGUUUACUAUACGCAAACUUGGACAACAGUGGUUUAAUCUGAAUUCACUGCUGACUGGACCAGAGUUGAUAUCAGACACCUAUCUAGCCCUUUUCUUAGCACAAUUACAACAAGAAGGAUAUUCCAUAUUUGUGAUCCGAGGAAAUCUCCCUGAGUGUGAAGCAGAGCAGAUCCUUGGGAUCAUGAGAGUGCAGCAGCAGCAGCGGCCAAGACUUAUCGGAGAAGAGGAGGCUCAGACAAGUGCUGGCAGGUCAGCAGCUCUGGCCCAGACAGAGAUGGCCUUUGGUGUGGAGGAUGAGGUUGUGGAUGAAGAUGAAGAGCUGAAAAGAGCUCUGGCACUCAGCAGACAGGAUAUAGAUGUGGAAGAUGAAGAAGCUGAUCUUCGCAGGGCCAUACAGCUCAGCAUGCAAGGAGCAGUGAUGAGCAACAAAUCAUCAGAGUCUGAAAUGAGUAAUGUGAAAUCAGGGAGCCAGGUUGCAGGGAGUGCUGCAGGAGGACAAAGAGAAGGCCAGAAUGAGACACUGACAGCCGAGGAACUGCGGAAGAGGAGACAAGCCUAUUUUGAUCGGCAGCAGCAACAAGCUCAGUCGAACAUUCCUCAACAACCAGACACACAAUUGACAGGUGGCUCAGGAUCGGUAAACACUGCCUCUAUGGAGGACCAACAAGAAAAACCCAGCCAGUGAAGGUGUGAAGGGUUUGCCUAUGCUGUUUACCAGCUGCCUGGUUUGGCAACCCCAUACAGGGGUAGCUUUGCUCCUUCCUCUAACCUCUUGCACAUGCGAACACAAGGCCAGUCAGAAGGCUGACACGUUUCCCCUGGUUAGUUCGCUGACAGGCUAUAGAGAACGACAAGGAAAAGGCAGCAGUUAGUCUAAUCUAACUCACAGAGGCACUGAUGCUGGGGAAAGGGUGACCACAGAACUCAUGAUGCAGUUAAUCCAAGUUUGCAAUUGCCUUUUUACCAUGGCGCCUUCUAUUUCUAUUGUAUACUGUUUUUUAUUCUCGUUUUUUUUCCUCUGGAAGAGAUGGAGAGGAAUCUUCAGCAUACAAAGGGUGUGUUUACUUGAGUGGGUGAAUACAUACAGAGAUGUCAUAGGAGACCAAUGUUAAGACCAGAUUUGAUAGACAAUUGCCUCCUUCCUUUAUAGUGGACUUGAGUUUGACAUGAGAUAUUAUUCCAACGCCCUCCCCACCAGAACACAAUUGUAGUUUUGAAAUAAUUUCUUGUUGCAAUGUACUGAAAUAUCUUUUAGCCAGCAGCACUAACACGUGUGUGGAUCAUUUAUUCCUGACAUCAUCAAUCAUUUUACGUGUGAGCGUCUAAGAGUGAACUCCCAAGGUAUUUAGACAUCAACAUUUUUUAUGUUGUGGCUUUGUUUUUACCCUUAAGUGUAUGAGUAUGCAUAAUGAUUAAUGUAAGAUUAGCCUGCAAACACUUAAUUUAAUGGUGUUUUGUCCAUUUUGGAUGGACAGUGAACAAAAGAAUUCUAUAGAGCUAUUUGCUGAAUCUAAGAUACUUUUGAUUGGUGCAUAUUUUUCAUAUUUUGUCCAGAAUACGUCGAUAUGUAAUGGGGAACAAAGAAGCAAUCUGUAAACACCAUGAGCAGCUGCAGCUGAUAGAGAAAUACAUUUGUUAAUUUUUCCAGCACAGUAUGAUCACUUAAAACCAAAAAGAGUCUGACACGUCCAACCAGCCGACCUUGUAUAUGACUUCAUCCGUUGUGUCUCUUCAUCAGUAUUUGUCAUGAUCCGUAUAGGGAAUUUAUUGUAAAGUUUUACUCUCAUAUGUCACAGCCCCUGAAAUACUUAUUAUACUAUAUAAUUGCACUGAUUUGAUGUGCUAAUCCUGUAAUCCAAUACUUAAAGCAAUGUUGUACACAUUAGUUGUACAAAAGUACAUUCAUUUGCACUGAGAUUGUCAUGGGGUAAAAGCCAUUGGCUGAUUGAUGACCUGCAGAAAUAACAAUAGUGAGAAUGAAGGGCAACUGCCUCCAAAGAGAGAAAACAUCAAAAAUGUGUCACUGUGCAUAGGCUUUGAUGUGUUCAUUGUUUUGGGUGUUUUUGCUUUUGAUUCUGACCACAACUUGUGUAAAGUCUGUCUCAUUUACCUCUACAAUCUUCUGUUCAGUCCUAAAAACCAAAAUCUGGUUACAACACACAAUGUUAGUGAAUUUACCACAUUACAGCAUUAAAACAGUGACAUUUGUUUACAGUUAUUAUUUUUUCUGGAAUCGAUGACUGUUCAGCAUGGGUAUAUCUUGAUGCUUCCACAAAAGUGUUGGAUUUCAUGCAAAGUUUGACUUCAUGUGCUGGAUGACUUUCAGGAAGAUUCCAGGAUUUCGUUAUUGUUUUCAUUUCCUUUGGAUCUGUUAGGCUUUUUUUUCUAUUUAAAAUGGACUUGUGAAAGAGUGUAAAAUGUUGGUAGCUGGGUUUUUUAUCAUUACAUUACUUUGACUCACUACAUUCUGACAGUAAGUACUCAUCAUUUCUGUUAUAUUUCACGUUACCAUAGCACAUUCUUUCAUUUAAUGUAUUAGUUCUUGUUCCAGGAUUAAAGUGACAUUCACUCCU